UUCCGUUCCCUUUCUUGCGGACCAAUACCAGACACAGAGGCGAUCGAGAGGGGUCAGAGAUUCGGGAGUCGGCGGCGACGCAGGAGGAAGCGCUCGGGGAGAGGCCGCCACCCGCCUGGGAGGGUCUCGGAGAGCGUUAGAGAUGGUGCCGGCGAAGGGGUGGAGCCGGAGGGUCGGGAGCGCGCGGUCGUUCGUGGGGAACGCGCUGGGCGGCGUGCGCGGUUGGACCAACGUCGCCUCCUGGGCGGUCGCCGGGAGCCUCGCCUACUACCUCUGGGUCCGACCCGCGCGCCAGCUCCAGAAGGAGCAGCAGGAACGAGCUGCUUUAGCUGCUGCCUCGGAUCCAUACCGUUAUGUCGAGAAACGGAGGCCAAUUCCUGACCCCCAGGACACUGGCCUAACUUACGGGAAGAAGAAGGAUCCUCCGAAGUCUGACAACUAGUUCAUCUGGGAACAUCCUGUACCAAAUACGGCGUCCGUUUGACUGGCAACGUCCCAAUAUGGGAUUUCUGCAAGCCUGAUUGCUAACGCAUGAUAAGCAUAUACCGUUAAAAAGGUUGCUUCCUCAUGCUAGCAAGCCAGGUCUUGUUGUCGUCUGAGUCUCUUCGUUUUGAGUAAUUUAGCGUUCAUCUUUUGAGUUUCCUGCUUGUUUGGACGGAUACCGUUUUGUUAGACACGAGGAAUCAUACUGGAAAUGUAAAUGUGUAAGUGCUAGAUGUUCAGAAAUCGGUGUAUGGAGACACUACAAUCCGUGCAUUGUGAUACCGUCACUGCUACUGCUACUCUGCUAGUGUUUCCAACAUGCUAAAUAAUAAAUCCACUGUCUAUGAUCGGAGUGCAA